GGACGUGGAAGCGGAAGCGCUGGGUCGGGGGGCGUUCUCUCGAGUCCGGGCCGCAAGUCCCAGACGCUGCCCAUGGAGGCGUCCAGCGAUCCGCCGCUGGAUGCUAAGUCCGAUGUCACCAACCAGCUUGUAGAUUUUCAGUGGAAACUGGGUAUGGCUGUGAGCUCAGACACUUGCAGAUCUCUUAAGUAUCCUUAUGUUGCAGUGAUGCUAAAAGUGGCAGAUCAUUCAGGCCAAGUAAAGACCAAGUGCUUUGAAAUGACGAUUCCACAGUUUCAGAAUUUCUACAGACAGUUCAAGGAAAUUGCUGCAGUUAUUGAAACGGUGUGAAGACGGAUUCUUUGGUUGAUAAAUUGCUAUCAUUCUAAAGUCAUGGACUUCACUUUCUGCAACAAAACCAAAUAAGGAUGGAACAUUUAUUGAAUGAAAAAUGCACUUUUGUUUUUCCAUUUUUUUAAAUAAUAAAAAUCAGACAAACAGGAAUUGGGUAGUGGUGAUCAAUGCACAACUUUGUGAAUGUGCUUUAUAAAAGUGAUAAUUAGACACUUUAAAGGAUGUACUUGGUGAUAAUGUGAAUGAUGUAAUCAGACUAACAAUUGAAUCAUUGCUGUUGGAGGCAGCACAAAUUUAUGUGUUACAACAGUAGUUUAAAAACUUGUACUGGAUGGAACCCAUUUUGUAAACAAUCUUAUUUGGAGUCAUGUAUAUAAAAAUAUAUAUAAAUUAGAAAAGUAGUAUUUGAUUAGGAUAACUUUACAAAUUCAAUUGUAUAGCCAUCACUUAUUAUAAUGGCAAUCAGAAGAGUGAGGCUUCUUUUUUCAAAUUUUGUAAUCAGAUUAAGAUUGACCAUUGCUCCUUCACACAGUAUUAGUCUGGCAUUCAAUUAUUUCUGUUAUUAAUGGUUGUAGAAAGUUCAAAUACAUACGCAGAGUUGGAAA